AUAUUAAAAAAUUCCCAUUCUUGUCGUUCUUCAUCCAUUGAUUUCACGCGGUGCCGUCUCCUUAUUCAGUUCUUCGUUGUCUUCCAAGUAACAUCUUAUUUGGUAAGUGCUGAGAAUUUCUAAAGAUGAGUUCAGGUCAGAGUGCUACAGCUUAUCCUCCACCUUCAGCUGCACCUCCACCUCCACCCGUUGGUUAUCCCACCCAAGACAUUCCACAAUACCCUCAGAAUUCAUCAAUGAUGGAAACUAAGUCCAAGGGUGAUGGCUUUUGGAAAGGAUGUUGUGCUGCGUUGUGUUGCUGCUGUGUAUUGGAUGCAUGUUUCUAGAGGCUCGGAUUACCUUCUAUAUUUUAUUCUAUUGUUUAAUAAAUUAUGGAUCCUUUCAAUGUACUAAAGACUAUAUCACUCUUAUACAUUUACAUUUUAGGUAACUGUAAUAAUAUUUAUUCCCCGUUCUAUGGUUUCAGUUUUAAUAGAA